CAGAGAGAGCCGCUCUGCAGAGGCUUCUCUGUCUUUUACGUAUUCUUACGUUAUCUCGCGUAUGAACAUCCAAUCAUCUGCUUUUAUCGGCUCAUCAUCUAACAGGAUACCAACUUAGGACACAUUUUAUAGUCUAUCUUUUAUCUCACUUGUAAUCAAGUUGGACGUUUCUCAGAUUUCUGACGUCUGCAUGAAAAGUUUGGGGCAGUUUCAUCACGCCGUAGGAAACCGGUAGCGCGUUCUGUAUAAGUCGCGCGCAUCCCGUCGAUAUGUUGUUUUUUCUUCAAAACCAGGUCAGUGUUCGGACGGACCCGUCAUCAUCAUCAUCAUCAUCAUCAUCAGCCGAACAGAUCGGGGCUGCUGUCCCCCCGUCCGUCCAGCUCGGGCUCACGGUGCUCUACACGGUCCUGUACUCGCUGCUCUUCGCGUUUGUUUACCUGCAGCUCUGGUUGAUUCUGCACUACGGACACAAGCGCUUCAGCUACCAGACUGUUUUUCUCUUCCUUUGCUUGCUGUGGUCGGCUCUGAGGACGACGCUCUUCUCGUUCUACUUUAAAAACGUCGUGGAGGCGAACCGGCUGCAGCCUUUGCCUUUCUGGCUCUUGUAUUGUUUUCCAGUCUGCCUGCAAUUCUUCACACUGUGUCUGCUCAACCUUUAUUUCACUCAGAUAUGCCCAUUUGGUGUUCCUUGCUUCCAUACAUUUGUCUCCAGCGAUUCCAUAAAUGUAUGGCAACACAACCAGGUGAUAUUUAAAGCCAAAGCAAAAUAUUCCCCGGAACUAAACAAGUACAAGGUACCUCUGCGGCUGGGCUUUCUACUGGCCAGUAUCUUUUUUCUUGUGGUGAAUGUGACGUGUGCCAUGCUGGUUCAAGAUGGCGCGGGCGAGAGUCAGGUGAAAGAUGCCGUACUAGCGCGAGUGUUGAUCAACGACAGCCUCUUCGUGCUCUGUGCAAUCUCACUCGCCGUCUGUAUUUUCAAGAUCGCUAAAAUGUCUUCUGCCAACGUCUACUUGGAGUCAAAGGGAACAUCAGUAUGUCAGGCUACGGUCAUUGGGGCAGUGGUCAUCCUUCUGUACACCUCUAGAGCCUGUUAUAACCUGGUUGUGGUGGCUCUUUCUCCUGAAGAUCGGCCCAGCCCGUUCAAUUACAGCUGGUACAAUGUAUCUGACCAGGCCGAUGCGGACAAGAUCAAUGGAGAAGCCUUCGUGGUCUUCGGGGUCAUUUUGUUCUUCUGGGAAUUGCUGCCCACCAGUCUGGUCGUGUUAUUCUUCAGAGUGCAGCGGCCCAAUCAGAACCUGACGCCGGGUGGUAUGAUUAACAGUCACAGCUUUAGUUCCAGGGCGUAUUUCUUUGACAACCCUCGGCGCUAUGAUAGUGACGACGACUUGUCUAGAAACGCGUCUACGCGAGGAGAAAGAUGCAGUAUCACGUCAUCCACACCUCAAGCGGGCCCAAGUUGGUACGGUUCGAUCCAGAGGAACGGCAGCCUGACAGGAAUCCCCCACCUGCUGAACGGACCCCAAACAUCAACAGCCCCCCUUCUCUUCGCUUGCGGCAACAUGCAGACCAACCAACACCAUAACUACUAUUCCACACCCCAGAAUUACUACUCGCCCACUCAGACACACCACGCCACCCCUCAGAAUUAACGCUGGAUUUAUCUAGAUACGGACUGGACCGCAAGCCUCUCGGACAUCUUUAAACAAUACUUGUGGGUGCCUUUCCCUUUAUUCAAAUGAUCCGCCAUCUGCAAUGCACCGGCCCAGCGAGCAGAUUUAAAGGGACCUUAAAUACAGCUGAUAUGACAGUGCACUUUAUGUCAGAGUUUCUUCGUGGUAUACUGGCGAGGUUCAGCGGUGAGCGCAACUGACCAAAAGCUCCCUAAAGAUGUUCCCAUCCCUCUUUUUCCUUAAAAAUAUCGAUUCCAUCAGACGUUAAUAGGUCAAAACACGAGCACAUGGACUCCUCUCAGCGUGUUUGGGUGUGUUUUUUGCACUUAUUGUGGGCUUAUUGGUGGAUGGAUGUAGAUGAAGAGUGUUUAUUAUAUCUCUUUGAGAAAGAGCCCGACAGACUGUCCUAUGUCUUUCUUCCAAGAGGUUUUUGGAGACCAAGUGAAAAGAAUUCUCAAUAUUUCGGAUACGUCCAGGGGCGUCACUCACUAGGUACUAGCACCCAAUUUGUGCACUACACAUGAAAUUCAUGUGACUUUUAAUAUUAUUACUUUGCCAAAGAGCCUGCGUUUAAAUCCAGACUUCAGCAGAUUUCCAUGCUUCCCAAAGGUGAAGAAUGCGAAAGACGAGACGAAAGAGUUGAUUUUUCUUGUGGUGUAUUUGAAUGUACCGUGCGUGAAUAGAAAGCUAACUCUACUUACACUGUCUUAUAUUUAGGUACUUAACUAGGCUUGUGGAUGAAUCUGCACGCGUAUUUUCAGUACGCAUAUACUGUCGUGACAUCUUUCAUCAUUUUAUCAAGCAUAUCAUUCUCCAGGGAUGCCUAAAAUGGUGCCAUCGUAAAACUUUCCUAGAGAAAAACACAUUGCACAUUGUUUGUAUCGCACAUGUUUCAUAAGCUUUAUUCCUAUGUAAUUGUAUUUCUGGAACGUGAUUGGUGAGCAUUUGAUCUUCUAGAUCCAGAUUAAGUCGGGCGCACUCUUCCAUUCCACAAAAAGGAAUUGUUUUGUUUUUAGAAAAUGAAAAAUAUGUUGUCUAUUUUUAUCGAUUUGCUUAUCCAUGUGCAUUACAGAUUACGUAAAGUUAACAAUCAUUUGGCUUAUGCAAUCAUUAAAUGUGUAGCCUCAUGUUUUAAAGAUAGCCCGAAUCUGAGUUUGUGUCACAUACAAUGAACGAAUGAAUAAGACUGUAAUGUUGGAGCUCUAAUGGUUUAGGCCACCUGCUCUAAAUAUAUUUUUUAUUACAUUUAUUUUUAUUAUAAAUUCCAUCAUGCAGGGUUUUAAGAACCGGGUAUAAAAAAAGUGGUGAAUGAUUUUAAUUGAUUGGAUUUUUAAAAUCAGCCUCAAGUGACUUUAAUUCCUAUCUUGUUGUUUUCCAGCUGAUGUGUAGCAUAUGUGUGAAGCUAUUCAGGUAGAACUGAACAGUGACCAUCAAUUGAUGGGAUUGUGCAUCUAAUGCUUAUUGAUACGCAUAGUUCCAGGGAUUCCGGUCGGUUCCGUGUGAUGUCAUUUCCUGGCAUAAAAAGAGGCUGUGUAUGAGUUUUCAUUUUUUUCUGAUUCAAAAAUAUUUUACUGUGAAAUGUAUCAUGUUGUUUCUUGUGUCUGAGCAAGUUAAGCUUUUAUUAUAAUUUCUUUAAAUGUUUUGUUUGAGGCCAACGAAUGUAACUUGUUUACCCAUGUUCAUAGUCCGUUAAAGAUGUACACAAGCACUACCAUUUCAAAAAUAAAGUUUUAUUGCACUGUUUUAGUAAAACA